CUACCGGGAGGUGACACUCGGAUUUCUAGUCGGGAGACGUCUGGACCUCACUCGCCUGAGUAGCUGCUGGGGCUUUGGUGCCUUGUUUAAUCCCACCCUCCUGGCCUGAGAGAGAGAAGGAGGAGGGAAACUGCAGGCGAGAAGUGAGCAACAAGAUAAAAUGGAUAGCAGAGGCAAGAAGCGUGGAGGGUGGAAUCCUGUGCUGCUAGGGAACAUUGGACAGGAAAGCGGAGACACCCAGGAUUUACAUAAAGCCAGCGGCUCAGGUUUUCAGGAUUACUAGCUCUUUCCUUCUCUACGUGCUGGGCAAGAAUCCAGAUGGGAAAACGGAUAAUUCCUUCUUCCUGUAUUUUCCAGCCCAGCUUCUGUGCUAUUUUUCCGUUAUGGCUUUUGCUGCUAUGGUUGGCUGCAUUGGUUGGGCCUCACUUAUGUUGCACCACUGAUGGCUUGCGACUCCAAACAGAAGCAGAGGAGUGAAUGAACUGGGGCAUGAGCACAGGGGGGCCACACCCUGUAUCCAGCAGCCAUGCUCUUCCGAGGACUGCGGCUCUAUGGGAAGUGGUGCCGUUUUUCCAGUCCCAUUAUUCAGUUCCUUACCUUAACUGUGGUGACAUUCGGCGUGUUGGCUCCCUUGAUUUGCCACCGGCUCCUCCACUCCUAUUUUUACAUACGCCGCUGGCAUUUGAACCCCAUGAGCGAGGAGUUCCUGAAGCAGAACCAGGAGGAUGGCCAGACUGCCCUCCGUUACUUUGAGGACCUGCGGACUCCUAACUCCUCGGAGAUCUCAGGUGACAAGACCCUCAGACCAUGGCUGCUCAUCACCAUCGUCACCGUGCAGAGGCGGAAUGAGUUCCACUACGUCCUGCAGGUAGCUUCCCGCUUCCACCGCCUCCUCCAGCAGUGUGGCCCUCGCUGCCAGAGCUACCAGGUCUUUAUCUGUAACGUGGAGCAGGACCCGGGCAACCACCAGGAUGCCAGGCUGUUGGGUAACUUCUUUGCCAUGGUCAGCCGCUACAAAAACUGGGAGGACCCCGAUGCCGCAGUGAACCAGUUUGAGAAAGAGAAGCGGGACUAUGCAUUCUGCAUGGAGCAGUCGCUGUUGGCCUACAAUCCAGAGUACAUCCUUCUGGUGGAAGACGAUGCUGUUCCCGAAGAGGAGAUAUUUCCCCUCCUGCAGCACCUGCUGUUGGAACGGCUCUCAAAGCCACACCUCAAAGAUGCCCUCUACCUGAAGUUGUACCAUCCCGAGCGGCUUCAGCGCUAUAUUAACCCAGAGCCCAUGAGGAUCCUGGAGUGGCUCGGCCUGGGCAUGUUUCUGGGCCCCCUGCUGAGCUUUGCAUACUCCUGGGUGUCUGGCCGCCCAAGCCUUACCUGGCCCAUUGUCCUGUUCUUUGCCUUGUACAGCAUGGCACUAGCAGAGCUGGUGGGUCGCCACUACCUGCUGGAGCUGCGCCGGCUGGCCCCUGUGCUCUACAACGUGGUGCCAGUCACCGAGUGCUGCAUGCCCGCCAUGGUGUUCUCCGCCUCUUCCGCCCGCCGUGUCUUAGGUUACCUUCAGGAGCUGCACUGCCGUCCGGGCUUUGCCAAGGACACUGCACUCUACUCCCUGUUGCGCACCAAGGAUGAGAGGGCCUACGUGGUGGAGCCCAAUCUGGUCAGGCACGUGGGGAUGUUUUCCAGCCUCAGGCCAAAUAACAUCCCUAAACUACUGUGACCCACCGAGAAAUGCCUUUAUGGAAAAACUGGGAGCCAAGGGAGCCUUGUCCUUGGACAGACAUAUCAGGUGUGACUCCAGAGGUCAUGCCAGUUGCAACUGUGCUCAGAACUACCAACGCCACCUUGUGGAGGGAAAGGAACUUUAAAAAAAAGUUUACGGAAACCUAUAGCUACAUUAUUUAUUUUAUAUUGAAGAAGUGAAAGGAGGGUGGAGUAUUUCAGGGAAGGGGAAGGUUUGCUACUAUCCUUAGUCAUUUUUGGGGGGAGACCCCAAUACGCGCGCACACACGCACACACACAGGCCAUUUGCAUGUGCCUCCUACAGCACUGUCCAACAAACCAGUCUCUGGUAUCACAGACCCAAGACAGUCCGCUGAUGUUUGAGAUCUCCUUUGUCUUUUUAGCCCCAUGCGCGCCCGCCCCCGCACUUGUCCUUCCUUACCUACAGUGGCCCUGUCUCAAUUCCCUCCACAUUAGUCAAUGCCACUCCUGUGGUCACAUAUCUCUCAGUCUCAAGAUACUGGAAAUGCCAGCCAGGGUGAGUGCAUCAGGCACAAGCUGACCUAGGAGGAAGUAUGGAGCUGGAGAAUAGCCCUUGUUUCCCCCAAACUUCUCCAUAUAUUACCCCGAUGAUCUAUUUUAUCCUCAAAUAAAAACAUGAAGAGACCUUUACAAGAGGCGUGAUGCAUAUAAUGAGCCCCUUACCCCACAUUCUGCACAUGAUUCUGGGAACACGUUUCAUGCUGCUUCAGCACCUCCGGGUCUUCUCCUUUGUGGGUUACACGCCUCUUUCCCCCAAAGCUCUCCUUUCACCUUGGAGCAGAGGAUCUGAAACACAGAGUCCAUGUUGUUAGGAUACAGAUAUUCAGGCCUGUCUGCAAAGGCCUAUACUUUAAGAAUUUAGGUGUAUUCUUAUCACUUAGCUAGUUAUGGAGAUAUAAAAGAAAGAAUCAAAAAUCACUGUCU